CUAUUCAACCCAACUUAAUUUAGUUUUUAUUUUAAUUCAUCCCGUGCAGUUCAUAAAAUCUCAUCACCUUUAGUGGCUUUAAAGUUUUAAAGUAAUGGUCACAUUGUUUAAGCUAUAAACUGAAAGUGUGUAGUUAAAUCAAGUGAGUUGUUACCUUUACUGCCUUAAAAUUUAAAUUUAUUUAAGGCUUAAAUUCUUACUUUUAAAUUGUCUCAAACUGAGUCUGAGUCAAACUUUAACUGAUUUAAGACAAGUUAAGAGUUAAGAGACUUAUUAAUUAAAAUCAAAGGACCAUAAUAUGAGUCAGUCAGUCCAUCAUUAUGGACAUUAUUAUACUCAAACUGUUAUAUUAAAUUUUUUAGUGUUAGUGACAAGUCAUUUUUUACGGCCUGUCUUAGUUUAAAUUUAUCUACUGUGGUAAACCCUGAAAUCCUGAAUCUGAUAAUUGAUUUUAAUUAAAGAGAAAAAAUUUCAAAUGUGUAAAUUAGUGUAAUCAUAGUGUAGCCAGUAAUUUGAGUAAGUUCUUGCACAUCUGUUUUUGGUACAAAUUAAAUAAAUUAGUAAUUAGUCAGUCUUACAUUUUGAUAAUUGAUAGGAAUAGGCUUUAUUAGCAUUUUCUAACUAAAGUUAAAUGACACUAACUAGCCUAAAGUCAAAGGGCCAAUUCAAAUUCCAAAUUAUUCUGCAGGGAAAUAAAAAGGCUGUUCAUAAAGCAGCAAAAUGGCUAAUCAGUGAUUAGAUUUAUUAUUAUUUAACUGCAGAUUUAUCAGUGCACGUUACUAUACUAAAUCAGACUCAGACCUGUGUACUCUUAUGAUUUUGGUGUGCGAUGUACAAUUUUGAGAUGUCUUUUACGAUUGUAUGCAAAGACCUGACAGAAGUAGAAGAAUUUCAAGAGUUGAAAAUAUAUUUUACACUCCUGGUAGUUUUUUUCCCAAUUAAAAAAAAUUAAAAUGUACAUUUCAGUUAAUUUUAACUUACAUUUGCAUUGGGCGUCCAAUAGUGAAUGGAUCGAAUUUGCCAGGGCUCUAAAUAUUAAGUUUAUGAAAGUGCACUGUCACAUUUCCAUAAUGACCGUGGUGGUCAUAUAUUUGCUUUGUUUUUUUGUAGUGACAGUUUCAGUCAAUCCAAUGCCAUCCAUAUAGUAUGUACGUACUGAGGAGGGAAGAGGUUUAUUGAAUUUUUGAGAUUUUGCUUACUUAGGCACUCCAAUACUGUCGCCGUAGAAAAAUAUGGGCUGCCUAGCGUCAAUCACUAUGAUCAGUUGGUGCUUUUCGUUGUCGGUAUUUAGCAUUGUUUCGAAUCGUUUCUAAAAAUAGAGGAACUUCCUUAUUUUGAUUUGAAUUCGCGAUGCAUGCUGGUUACGAGGCUAUAAAUAAAGUGGAACUCCGACCAUGCUGAGAUGAUCAGUUGGAAAUUUGACUUUGGGUGAGUCUGCUGUGCUUCUUUAAAAAAUUGUUUAGACUUGGAAUUUACUUGACUGCAAAAUUUAUAUAUUGUAAAAUCCAAAUCACUUAAUUAAAAGAUUGCUGAUCAUCAACACAUUUUAUGAGCAGUGUGAGGAAAAUUCAAGACAGCCAAGUUGUAGCCAUUUUUUUCAACUCUCUCGGAAGUGGUAUAUCUCUGUAAACAUUGAAAACAUUAGUUUUUAAAACCUUUUUGAAACGGCUAAAUAAAUAUUUCCUGUAUUAUAACUUAGUAGUUAGGCAUCAUAGUUUAAUAUAGUUCACAGUCUUUGGAUCAGUAAUACAUAUAAAUGAGACAAAGUGUGGUGAAGUUUGCCACUAGUCCUAAGUUAUUAACAACUAUAAAUGUGCAUAAACUAAAGAAAAUUGUGUGGCCUAUUUAAAAAUAUUGAAUCAUUAUUUUAUAUGUACUCCUAAUUAGUACUCCUAAUAUUUUUUUAAUUUACAGAUUGUCAUCAUUCCCUGUGAUUGUGCUCUCUAAGUUUGUAUUUAUAUCUCUGCACUUUUAGUUUUAUUAAAUGGCUAUGGCUGAUGUUAAAAAAAAGAAUAGAUUUUGAAAUUUUUGUGGCAAGUUUUGCUCAGGAUGCUAUCACAGAGGGUUACCGGAACAGCAUAUGUAUUACAGCAAUGGGAAGCAUAUGUCAAAUAUGCUAAAAAUGCUUGUUGAAUGCCUGCAGCAAACAGACAGUAACUAUGUGCCAACUUUAAAUGCUUGCCACAUCUCUACAUGCGAACUGGACCAUCAAAGUGGCUGGAGUUCCUGGAGGUAAAACAGAGGGCUAUCUGCACCAACUCAUUAACUCCCUUCAAGAUCUAUCCACCUUGUAUUCUGUAUACAAGGAGGAUCAGCAUGUUGUAAUGCAUAGCAUCCUUCAGUUUUUCAGUACCAAUUUGAGUGACUGGGCAAAGGUCAAUCAAUGUGUUUUGAUGCAGUUUGGUAAUUUGUUGAACAAGAGGUCAAUUCAACUGAAGUGCAAUCUGCUCCCCCUGGAAGGAAUUGCUUCUGAAGACGUAAGCAAUGCAAACUUCUUCAUGCUAAAUGGGGCAAAGCCGGACUGUCACAUGGUCAAGAUGGAAGUGCUGCGAAUCUUGUCCAGACUAUAUCUAAACUGAGGUAACUUUCAUUUUGAUUUUUUUUACACAUUACUUAUUUUUAGUACCCAGACUUAGUUAAUUAAAUAGUUCUGAAGAUGUCCAUUUUGCUGUAACUGUAAGCACUAAAAGACAGUUGUUUUUUUUCCCUCCACAGGCUUAAGAUGUUAACCGGUGAUCGCAUUCCUGGAGAUGGAGAAUUUGAAACUUGGAAUCAUUCCUCGCUACAUUUGAAACAGACUCCACAUUUUGUUUCACCUAGCAGGAGUCAUUUUUCAGAUGAAAGAAUCACUGGUGCAGUACCUAAAGAAAUUUGUAGAUCUGCCAAAUUAAGAAUGGCCCGCUGAAUGACAACUGGUGCAAUGAUAUUCUUAUUCAACUACGAGUCUUAGGUAAUCUAGUUCUCUAUUUCUUUUUACUUACCAGGUAAAUAAAUAAGAUAAACAACUUUUCAAAUAGUAUUUUGAUGUUGCCUAUGCUACUUUUCUACUAAUACUUUGCAUUGCUCAUGAUAGGUCUCUUUGGCAAACUUGUGACUGAAGCCUGGAUGUCUCAUAUGUUACAAGAACUCUAAGGUUUAAAGCAUUUGGAGAUGGUGGGUAUUUAUAUUAUGUCUCUUUGAGGUGAUUUUUGUCAAAAAGCCGAAUGAUUAUGGCAGUGUCUUUAGCUUCAGUCUUUUCCUUGGUUUUUUCAAUAGAUUCCACACAUGACAACCCAAUUUGAUAUUGACAAUGGAGAAAGAUGUUUUUAAUCUACCAAUCGAUGAGAAUGACAUGUUGCUAGAGCUCCAGAACCACGAACUGGGUCCUCCAUGUUUUGAGACAGUUGCUGAUGUCUUUAGGAUUUGUUACAGUCUUAAACAGAGACAGCUUGAGGUGCAUCUUGUUGGGGAACUGGCUAAUCCAUCAGCUGAAUUAAUGGCUUUGACCUCAUCUUCUACUGGUUUUGUUAAAUCUAAAGUUAAUAAAACCAUGGAUUGGUUAUUGGGUAAACUUAUUUUGGAGCAAGGGGGACUCAUUAAGUUUCCUGUUGGUGAAGCCAGUAAAUCUAGGAUGGUGUUAAAGGGUUGGGAUACACAAAUGAAGGCCGUUAAAAUAACUUGUUAGAUAGCAGUGGGACAGAAGAGGGAACAGGGAUAGAGGAAUAAGUUGGAGAAGAAAGUUAAACCUUUAUCAGAAUGUGAUAGAGGGUUUAAUGUUAAAGUUAAGCUGUCCAUGGUACUCUCUGGUAGAAUGGACUGCCUUCUAAUGAAGAUUAGGCACGCUUGGGUUGUUAAUGAGGAAGAGGAAGAGUUUAUUGAAGAUUUAGAUAGGCAUGUUAAGAAAUCUGGUAAGUUAGUAUUUUCUGACAUAGAUCAUGUAGAAAUAACAUUAUCUCAUUUGGUCUCUGAUGUUUUUAUGGGAGCCUUUCAUUUUGUUUACUUGCGUUAAUUGAAAGUUAUUUGAAUUUUCAGUUCACACGCUUUAAACUUGAAUUUAAAAAAAAAUUAGUUUUGCUGUCAGCUGAACAAAGAUACCAUCUGUUGCUGUGGAUAGCUAUAUUGUAUUGGAUGUUUUUAGUUUCUGUAUUUUAAUGUACCGGUACAAUAAUGUCAACAGAGAUGGAGUUUCAUUUAUAACUUUAUUAAUUUUAGAUUGUCACGGUCUAUUUGUAUUUAAGAUUACAAUGAAUUAGCAUUAUUAGUUUAAAAGUUAUGAUAAAAAAGGUACAUCAGUGUCGAUAGAGUGCAUGAUUUUAAUUGCCUUUGUAAUAUUUAAUUUUCUAUUACAUUUGGAUUAUCACUAUCUAUUAUUAAAAAUUUCAUUGCAUUAGCUUAUUAGCUUAAAAGUUAUGUAUUUAAAUGUAAAAAUGUCUCGACUGUGGUCGCUUUCCAUCAAAUUAUUUUUCUAAUAUUGCGUACAUUUUUCUGAUGUGCAUUUUAUUUAUUUUAAAUCUGCCUUACUUUUUAGAUGGACAUUUGUUUGUAAUGAAAAUUUUAUAGCAAUAACUUUAAAUUGCUUUGUCAUUUUUUGUAAAAUUAAAUUUUUCAACGAUCAUUAUACACCCCAUAUGCUUAUAAAAUAAUUUUUUUAUCAAAUACAAGUUAAUUCACAAAAUUCUUGUGUUUUAUUCUGUUAACCAUUGUAUUGUAAAUGUCUCCUCCAAAGUUGAGUGCUCUAAUUGUAAUAGACAAAAAAAUACAAACAAAAAAGUACAAGAGUAAUAAUUCGAUCAGUUUUAAAAAUUAAAUAACGGGUACAAAGCUAAAUAGUGGGGAAUAAUAAAGAAUUAAAAAAAUUCAUAACUUUUCUCCUAAUAAAGAUAAUCUUGGUGUCGGCACUUUCCAAUGUUAUGCUCUUUGUGUAUGUCAGAUGUAUUUGAAAAUUUAAUUCGGAGUGUCUACUCUGUACACAUGGGUAUGGCCCAGGGGGGUGUCUGCAGAAAGUGCAUGUGUUAUUAAUUAAAAAAUUUUCAAUAUUUAUCCUGAAUGUCCUAAAAUAGCAUACUUAUAUCUCGAUUGCUGUAAAAAUAUCACUCUGUUGUGUAAGAAAUUAUGCUAAAAAUUGUGCCAUGUAUUUUCAAAAAUGAUCUCGUUCGAUACACUCAGUAGAAGAGGUAUUGCAGUAAUAUGUAGUCCAUUUUAUGUUCAAUAUGAUUUUAUAUUUUUUUAGGCUGGGCUUCUAAAAAUUUCAUUUCAUUGAGCCUAUGCCAAAUUCAGGCUUUCACCAGGCUCCCUGUGUUAAAUCCUAAGUACACUUCGAAAUAUGGAAUAAACUAAAUAAAUAAAAUAUUGAGUAAAAUAAAUAUGACACAUAUGUAAAUCACUAAGUGCCAUCUAGUAACUGCAGACAAUAGUUAUUCAAGUGGGUUACUGUUUGCACCAUGACAUAUAGAUGUAAAAAUUAAAUUAUUAAAAUUUUGUUAUAUUUUCCGUGAGGAAGCCGCGUCAACGCGUAUGGGAAAAAGUAAAAGGACUAUUAUUAGCGCCCCUUGUCUCUGAAGUAAAUGAGAUUUCAUAUUUUAAUUCACUAUUAAGGUUCUUUCUAAAGAUUAUUUUGGUGGCCCCUGAUUUUGGUGCCUGUUGCUAUUUGCAGCAUUCUCUUGGCCCCGCGGUGAAAACCCAUGACGCAUUUAACUGUAGUUUUUUUAUUUUAUGGUUUUUUUUUUUUUUUUUUUUUUAAAAGGGGGCUGGAAUAAAAGCUUGUACAUACGUGGGGGUUCUGAAAAGGGCAGGGUAUAUGAGCCGUGUGGUGGGGGGAGGGGUGUGUAGAAAAUUAGUCUUUUCACGUACGUACUAUAUAGAUGGCACCUCCUUGCAUUUGUUUGCUUCAGUUGUAUGAUGUAAUUUUGUUUCUUACAGCUGAACUGCUUGUAGUGCAGAAAUGGAGAAAACUAGAAAAUGCAUUCUCAACUGUCCCGCGCAGCAUUAGAUAUAUUUUAAAGGAUCUGAGAGGGCCUUUUGAAAUUUAUUUUUAGAAUGCACAAAAUAGCUGUACGAAUUUUAAUACCCCUGCUUCCCUUCACCCAUUUACAGCUUAUUGUAGUUAUCAGGAUGUAAUAUGAAAGCGGGAUCAGGGCAUAAUGAAUACUGGUGUUCUUAUUUUUUUCUAGAAAUAAAUCUCAAGUUACUUGGUAGUUUUUUUUUAAAAUGAUGGCCUAAUUUGUAAAUUUAUUCUUAUUUUAAUAAAUUUGUAUUUUAUUUUUAUGCUGAUCAAAAUUUUAGUUUGAACCACAUUGAAUUUCACCCAGUGCAUGUUCAUCUAAAUGUUGAUAUCUAUCGCAGAUACACGUCUGCACAACAAAGGGACAGCAUUUAGCAAUAUAAACAUAGUUCAUGUACUUUUAGGAGAUACUUUUUUGAUGUCAGCUUAACCUGAUCCCACUCCACAGGGGAUGCAAGUAGUUAAACAUUAUAAUUCCUGUAUGUUUAUUUACUAUUCAGAUUCUGCAUUGUACGAUUUUGAGGCGAUAUUAGGAGUUUGAGGGUAAACAGGUCUGGUAAAUAGCAUUAGUCAUAAUAAAAUAAUAAUUUUAUUAAGCAAACACACCAUUUGUAACUGUAACAUUGUUACUAACAUGUGCUAGUUGGUAGAGAUCUAAUAAAAGUUGGUACUCUAUUAUAGGAAAAAAAAUCAUGUUAUUACCGGUAUUAUUAUUAUUAUAAACUAUCUUUCUUCACUUAGAUAGUGGCCUUUUUAAAAAAAGUUGUAAAUUUUAAAGGCAGUUUGAGGUCUAAGAUGAUAACCUAAUAGUAAAUAGCAUCUUUUAGGACUAUGUAACUUGGUGUUUUAAAACUAUCGAUAAAGAUUCACGUUAUUUAGUUGCAUCUUUCUCGAUUUCUGUACCAAAACAAAACUGUAACAUUAGGUAGUAUAGUAGGCUAAAAAAACAGUUAAAUCCAUUCUCCUUACUUUGUGUUUUAUAAAGGGAGUUCUUUUUGCCCGUCUUAAGUCAAGAGUAAACCUGCAUAACCGCAGGUAGACCUAAAGUAUUAUAAUUUCUUCAAAUUCUUCCUUAAUUUAGACAUUAAAAUCAUAUGCAUAAAUGACAAAUAUUUAUUGCACUCUGCAUUCUUGUCUAUGUGAACGGAGGCUUGUCUAUGUGAAUGGACGCUUGUCUAUGUGAAUGCAGGCUUGUCUAUGUGAAUGGAGGCUUGUUAUAUAAUCCUCUUGCUGUCCUCUUAGGAUACAUUUCAGUUUAGAGUUUUUUUUAAAUUUGUGUUAUUCAUUGUUUGUUUGCUGAAGUCUUCUUGCCGACACUUACAUUAUAUAUGGCAUCCUUCCAUCUUCGUGAGACGAUGGAGUAGCUAUGUAGUCUUACACCUCAAGGAGUGGCUCACUAGGCUAAUCCUAGAUUGACAAUCUCGACUGCAUUUCUCACUUAUUUUAAUUAUACUAUUUUUUUCCACAUAACUUUAGUUUUUAAUACAUAUUAAAUGCUUCACCCGUUUAAAACAAAGCCUGAGAUGAGAGAAAAUGAAAAUUCUUAAUUAAUUUAAUUUUAUGUUCUCUCAGUGUAAUUUGUAUACUUUUUUACUUUCAGGUUUAAAUGGAUAAUUCUAAAGACAAUCCACAUAAAAAUGGUCGAGAUAAAAAGACAGGGAGAGUCGGUCGUGGAGCCAAAUGUUUCUAUAAUACACGCAGAGUUAGACCAAUCAACAAUCCUGUUUGCGAUAGACCUAGAGAGUUUCCAUCCAGCAUUGGUGCAUCUGAGAUAGCCAGAGGAGGGAAUCCUAGAGAUCAACCAAAUUCUGUCUUCAGAAUGUCUUUACUGGAAACCCCGAGACCAACUGCAGAUGCUGAGAACAAGAACGUAGAAACAAAGAAAGAUAAAGAAUUGAUAGAAGCAGCAUCAUAUGGGCUCAUAAAUAACUUUGUCAAUCUUUUGACUCAGCUUAAAGAUUCUGUGACACAAUUUGGUUACGAUAUAGCAGCGGUAGAGGCGACAAGACGAGGAAGCAAGUUAAUCUUACAGCACCUGUUGAGAGCAGGAGCCAGGACGUCUGGCACGGAUGAUGAUGGCAACACAGCUCUCAUGCUCGCAGCCGAGAAAGGCUUCUUAGAAAUGGCUAGAAUCUUGCUGAAGAAAGGUGCUAAUGUCAAUGCUGUUAACAAUGCCGGCCAAACGGCUCUCCUGUUGUCCAUACGACCAUGUGGGGCUUCAGAUAUGAUUUCUUUGCUUGUUGCCAACAAAGCUGAUGUCAACGCCCAGUGCAAAAAUGGACACACAGCAUUGAUUGAAGCACUAGAAAGAAAAGAUCUUGAUGCUGUGAAAGUUCUUAUUGAUGCAGGUGCAGAUAUGGGCAAGCUGAGGACCUCCAAAUCUGAGACUGCUAUGGACGUGGCAAAACGGCUAGGAAUCGCCAAAGUGGUCUUGCUCUUAAAAGAGGAAAGGGGUGCGGGUAAGUAUAAGAAAAACAACAAACUUACCGCGCUCAUGAAAGCGGCUCUUACCUGCAAUGUGGAUGCCGUUGGGUUGCUGCUGGACUGCAGUUUCACUGAUGUGAACCGGACGGUGAGUGAGGGGAGCACGUUGAUGCAAGUGGUCAGGGCCCUUUCAAAGACAAACGUCAAUGAUGUUAAAAAGAAGAUUGCAACUGCGAGCAGGAUUGAGAUAAUAAAACUGCUGUUGCAGUAUGGGGCACACAUUGAUGAGUAUCACACCAAGGAUGGCAGUCCUCUAAUCCUUGCAACUAGAGCCGGCCAGAAAGAGAUUGUCCAGCUGAUGUGUCAAGGCCAGACCAAGCUGAACGCCAUUGCUGCUAGUCGAACGGCCCUUAUGAUCGCGGCGGAGACGGGUCGUGUUGAUCUGCUAACCACGCUGAUAAAUGCUGGUGCAGAUUUAGGGGUCAAGAACAGCAGCCACCAAGAUGCCCUGUUGAUCGCUUUAAAAUGCGGCCACGUGGAGUGCGCAAAGGUUCUGUUGCAACACAAUGCCGUCAUUGAUGUCAAGGAGGCUGCGAAAUUGGCGGUGGGGAGUAAGCAGAUGACAUCAUUGCAGUACCUGGCAGAUAACUACAACAUUGAUGUGAACAGAAGUAAUUUACUCCAUCAGGCCAUCAUUCAGGACUGUGAGCCUAUGGUUAAACUGCUUAUUGACAUGGGAGCGGAUGUCAACAAGUUGGAUGAACACGAGACCCCACCACUUUUGCUGGCCUGCAGCAAAGGUGUAUCCUACAUGGAGUUGCUGAUCAAGAAAGGGGCAGAUGUGAACUUGGGACACCGACUGACCGGGCCACCUCUGAUAAGGGCCAUGUCCUGCCCCACCCCCAUUGCGGCAGCCGAGCUGCUAAUUGAACACGGGGCCGACGUAAACAAAACAAAUAGGGAUGGAGAGUGUGCUUUGAUGCAUGCAUGCUCUGGAAAUGACAACCAGGAAAUGGUCAAUAUUUUAAUUAAGGCUGGCGCAAAUGUCAAUUUGGUGUGCAACAAAGGUGGCACUUGUCUCCAGGAAGCGGUAAAAUAUGGAAGCAUUAAUGUGGCCAAAACACUUUUGGAGCAGGGUGCUGAUGUGAAUGCCAAGUGUGAAAGUGGCAUGACAGCUUUCCUGGUUGCGGCCGAGGCUGGAAACAUUCAGAUUUUGAAACUGUUGCAGCAAGCGGGGGCGGAUGUCAAUUUAGAGGAUAACUUGGGUAACAAUGCUCUGUUGAGGGCUUUGAGCUCUCCCGAUACGAUUCCUGAUGUUGUUAGCGCUCUUGCUUUUAGCAAAGAACAUUUGAACAAACAGAACAGCUCUGGAUACACCCCUCUGAUGAUGGCCAGUGAUAGUUGCAAUGUGAAGAUGAUAGAUGCACUGAUAGACUUGGGUGCUGAUGUGAACAUAUUAAGCAGAACAAGUAAUGCCAUGUGGGAAACCACCGCUUUGUCCGUCGUUCUAGAAAAAUCGCCUGUCUAUAAAUCAAGUGACUUCAUGUGCAUAGAGUCGUUGGUGAAGCAGGGCGCUGUCGCAAGCUUGCCUUCCCGCUGCAGGGCCGUGCUUCACAAGAUGAUCAUUUUAGACAACAGAAAGAUAAUUCAGCUGCUGGUCACACAUGGGAUGUCCCCAUGUAAUGUUGACCUUCGUCCCGUCUCUUACAAGCUGGGACCUCUGCUGCAGAUGCAAAUGGUGCGUUACAGUUUGUCGGAUGCAUCCCCCUUGAAUGCCGCUCUUGCUUCUGGUAAUGUCAAAGUCGCCAGAUAUUUUGCCGGUAAUUGGUUCUUGUCACCAUCAGACCUGGCAGGCUUUUCACAUCGCAAUAACUUGCGUGAAUUCCUCAUUGCCAUGGAUCUCAAGGAGUGUGUUGAAUUUGUGGACGAGUUUACCUCCCAGCCAAUGUCACUGCUCAAACUGAGUUUUGUAGCCGUCUCUGCAGCAGUCGGUCCACCCCCAGGAAGGGAGGCGAGAGUCAGGCAGUUGCCACUUCCAGCUGUGAUGCAAGACAAGCUUCUUUUCAAGAAUGAGGAAGUCCAACUUGAUCUCCAGCCAGAUGGGGUGUCCAACAGAAUGGGCAUGGCAAACUUGAGGAUCAGUGACGACGAUUCUGAAUUUAAUGACCAUGGAGGUAUUUUCCUGGAUUACGACGACCCACUGAGAUUUAUGUAUGAUUCUGACACUUACAUGGACUAUGAAAGCAGUGUUGGCCUGUAUGACAGUGAUGACACAUACAUGUAUUUGUAGGACAUUUUGCUGCUGGAGCUGGUUAUAGAUGCUGCAUUUGUCUAUUCAGGGAAGUGGCUCUUUCACAUUUUCUCUUAAAGUAUAUUUUAUUUUUCUGAUUGUAAGUUGUUGAGCGAUCGACUUUUGUUGAUUACAUUGCAAUGAAGAUUACCCUUGCUCUGUGAAUAAAGUGAUUUUGUGUUAAAUGUGUUUAAAUGACACUAACAGGGUUGGAGAGUGUCAGAUCAUGCACAGUAAAAUCCUUUCCAAAAUAAUUUUCUCAAUGUUUCUUUUUCGCUAUCAUUUGCCACUGAUGGGUUGGGAACCCUUGCCUUAGUGGAUAAAUAGGAUUCUUUUUUUCUGAUCGGCUGGAUAACAUUUAUCCUUCAAAUAUAGUCCUCGUAAAGUGAAAUAACUUGGCCUUAAAACACAGUACCUUUACAUUCCAUAUGAAUUUUAGAACCAUUGCAUGUUUUGAUACAUUUGUAAUUCGCUCUCAUUCUUUUUAUAUCAGGCUAUGGUAUCAUGAAAUUUUAAUGUUUCAUUAGAGUAUUUGAAAUAAUGAACUUGAAUAUCUUCUGAUUUGACCACAAUGAAUUCACUAAUCAUUUAAAAAUGACAUAUAUAUUUUUGGUUAAAUAAUUGAACUUUGAUUAAGUUUGUUGUUGGGUUUACAAAAAAAAAGUUUUCCUUUUGUAAAAGUGCAUUAAUUUUUUUCCUGUAGUUUUAUUUUAAAUAACGGUAUAAAAAUUGUGGAAGCUAUUUUUCUUUGUAGGUACUUAUACAUGGUACCACUUUUCUUGAAAUUCAGCAGAGGUGGCUUCAUGGAAUUAUAUUUUAUCCCGGCCUUUAGAACUAUUUCUUUAAAAUAUUUUCCGAGCUUCCAAGCAAACUACAAAAAUUUGGAUUAAAUUUAAAUUACUGUUUUAUUUUGAUUUCAUCUGAUUUAUUGACCUGUUGAAUGAAUAAAGUCAUGAAACCAUCACUGAUAUUGGAGUUUAUAACAAAUAACUAGACUAAUUGUGUUUAUUUAAUUCAUAAAAUUCAACUUGCCACUAAAGUUCAAAGGAGGACAGAAAAUAUCAUCUUGUAAGCAUUGACUUGUCAUACAUGAAUCACUUCAUAGUCCUGUUAAUACAUGUAUCACUUCAUAGUUCUGACUUGAAAUACAUGUAUCACUUUACAGUUCUGACUUUUAAUGCCGGUACAUACAUACCUUGUUUUAGCAUAAAGCUUUACAAUGUUUUGGUCUUUUUUUAUUUUAUUGGGGUACUUUUCCAGAUGAUUUUCUUUUUAAUAUUUUAAAAAUCUAGUUGCAAUAAUUGUAUGAACACUUGGUGAGAUCAGUUGUGUGAACACUUGGUGAGAUCAUAGGCAUAGGAAAAAAGAUAGGAUUUAGGAAUGAUGUUGAUCAAUUUAAACUUGUAAUGUCUUAUUUCCAAUUUCUUUACUUGUUUUAAAUAUUAACCGAUCAUAACUAUCUCGGUACUUCAGUUGCAGUUUUCACUUUCAAGAGUACCCGGUACCGGUAGGUUUAAGAAAAGAAGAUAUUUCUCAUUGCCAUAUAUUUGACCAUCUGUUAGUUUGGUCCUCGUGUGACAUCUCCAGAUGAAGCAAUUAUUUAUUAUUAAACUCAUCGUAAACUUUCAGAAACAUUUUAAGCACCGGCAGUUAAUUAUCUAAAUUACAUGUACCGGUAUCUUGAACUGUGGUGUGUUAAGACUUCAUAACUGUGUACCCAUGAGAGAACAUAACUAUCACUUCUUAAAUCUACUUUCAUAAAUAAUAAGUGUUAAAUUUGUUGUUGUUCAUUUUACUUUGGCUUUGUCUUGUAAGAACAGAAUGAGUCAGCCUGGAACUACAUUCACUAAUCAAGUUUCAUGAUAAACAUCAUCAUUGUUGUUAGAUAUUUUAACUUUUUGAAAUUUUGAAAAGGAAAUGCAGUUAGGAAAUGGUGGGAUGAAGAAUCCUUCCAUCCAAGUUAUUUUUUUAAAACCCAAAACUGAGGACUAGAUUUCUUAAAACUUAUUUAACUAUGAACUCAUCACAUAAAUUUGUACCGUAUUACACUAAAUUUGUGUCCAGUUUUCAAAUAAUUGUGUAUUGAAUACUGUCCAUUACAGCGAAGUUUGCUGCUGAUAUUAAAAUUAAAUGCAUAUAAUUUGUGUUUCAAUAUUCC